AUGGCGAACUCGCCGUCGCAGAGCCGGAGCGCAGCCUCGUCCACCUCUGCCGGCCGAGACUCCCUUUCGCAUUCCAGAGACCGCCGCGAUCCCGCCCCCUCCGACUCCGCCUCCAACGCCGCCGACCCCGUCCCGGUUGAGACACUAGUGGAACACCUGCUCGCCGCCAAACGCUCCCUCUCGUCCAUGACGGCCGUCCUGCGCGCCAACGAGAUCACCACCGACGCCCGCCAGGCUCAUGAGGAGGCCGUCGUCCUGUACGCCGAGAGCCAGUUCCUGAAGCGCGCCAUCGCGGAGCAAUUGGCGCUGCUGAUGAAGGUCCGCCGCGGCCUGAAGAGGACCUACGAUGCGGGCAAGCGCGACUUCAAGAACCUCGUCAAGACGAUGGAUGCGACCAACGAGAAGCUGCAGGAUACCAUGGCGAUGCUCAAGAACACGACCGUCGAGUCUGUCUUCAGGCCGCCCGGGGAGGAGCGGCGGAAUCUGAUGGAUUUCGUGGACGAGAAGAGCGUCCACGUCAUGGUCGAGGCUCUGAAGCAGAGCCUCGGCGAGCUGCAGGCUAUCCAAACCUCAUUUGAUGGCGACCUCCUCCGAUUCGAUGACGACCUACGAGCCUUGAAAAAGACGAUAACGACGACACCCUUACCCCGAUCGCUGUCGAACUCCUCCCAUCAUGACCCGAUCCCCGAGCUGCUGGUGUCGCUCGUCGAACACUCGCACUGCAUGGCGCAGCUUCUCACAUCCCUCACAAAACACUUUGACCUCUGCGUCACGGCGGUGCGGACGACCGAAGGCGGCGCGGCCCUCGCACGCCGCAGGGCGGCGGAGGUGACGCAGUCCCAGGGCGGCGACGGCGUCUCGAUAUCGGGCGUCAUCGCCGACCAGGAGUCGCACAUGCCGGACCUCGAGCCCAUCACGACGCAGGACCGCGCCGACAUGCUGGACAUCGUCGUCAGCGACGCGGCCGAGGUCGACAGCGUGAUCCAGGAGAUCAACGAGCGGCUGCACGCGAUGGAGGAGGACUUUGCGGCGCUCACGGCGCAGACGGGGCAGACCAAGGCGGCGUUCCUCGGCACGCUGGACGCCUUCACGGCGCUCGAGGACAUUGGCGGCCGCGUGCCGAGCUACAUCGCCAGCGAGGCCGAGUUCCUGCAGCGGUGGGAGGACGAGCGGUUCACCAUCUACGGCAAGCUCGGGGAGAUGGACGACCUGAGGGACUUUUACGAAAAGUACGCCGGUGCGUACGACAACCUGAUCCUGGAGGUCGAGCGGCGGCGGUUGGUGGAGGACAAGAUCCAGAACAUCUGGCGCAAGGCCAAGGACAGCGUCGACAAGCUUGUCGAGAACGACAGGCGCGAGCGCGAGGGGUUCCGCCAGGAUAUCGGCGAGUUCAUCCCGACAGACCUCUGGCCCGGUAUGGACGCGGGGAUGAAGAGGAUGGAGCUCGUGGCCGUGGCCGACGACGGGUCCGCGGAGGAGGAUGCGGGCGGCGGCGGGUCGCGGAGCACACCGGCGCUGGACCGGAGCGUUGUGGAUGCGGCGCGGGACAGGUUGGAGCGAAGCCAGCAGCGGUAG